ACUCUCACUAGUGUCUCCAGUUUAAUAAUAUUUAUUUAUGUGAAUUAUUCACCUGCAUUUAUGUAUGAAAAUAAAUGUGAGGAUGGACAAUUGCUAACAAUAAUUCAUCAUAUUCGGCAAAUCCGUGGUGUGGUGGGACUGGUGCUAUGAAAAUAGCCGAUUGAAUAUACGGGUUGAAGGCAAGUUGAGCGUCACCUAUGUAAGAUAUAUACAGUUAGACGAAACACAGUGAAAAGUGUUGAAAGGAAAAAAAAAAACAUGAAGGUAAAGAAAAAUUAACGCCCUGUGAUAUAAAGAAGAGGUUACUAGCCACCAGUGUGUCAGUUUAAUAUUUAUUCUCGAAUCAUUGUAGAAAAUUCAUGGGAGCACUGAGUGCAGGUAGAGACGAGGGUACGGAUUGAAUUGAGUUCAACGACUUGACGACUGAGUAUGAGUCAGAAGAUACAAGUGCUCGAGUCUCUUUUACCCCUUGUAUUGUUGAAGCCUUCCUGCCAUCGUUCGAGAAUCCUUCGUUUAGUUUUAUUUAAAAAAGUGACAAAUCCAUAAUUUAUCUGUCUGGAAUUUUAGAAUCACUGGAUGUUCUUUUUUUUAGUGCACCGCGAACAUUAGUGUGAAUGAGGACACGGGGGUAAUUUUGCGCAAGUUUAUAAUGUGCACGUGUACAUGGCAAUGGUGAUAGCAUUGUUUGUGAUGGGAAGGUUGUUCCCUUAUAAUUUAUAUUCGUCGGAGCUCAACCGAUGAAAAGGGGGAAAAAAUAGUGCAGCUGAAGUGAAGUGACCAGAACGGACUAGGGGAAGAGAACUGACUCGGUAUGGAUAUUUAAAACACAUGGAACUCCAGUGAUUCUUUCAGUUGGGGUGGAUAUAUCUGAGUGAAAAAAAAUUGGGGUUUCGACAUCGGUCGAUAAAGUGAAGGUGCGUUCUGCUGUUUGUCUUUUCCCAAGGUUUAUGAGCAAUUUUUCAUUGAUUGUUUAUAGUCAAACCAUUGGAAGAGCCUCGAAUACUCUUGGAAAAUGAAGAAAAUAGUGAUAAUACCAGUUGCAGUUACGUGACUGGCUCUUUUUUUUCGAUUUGCUGAGCUCGAGGCAAUUUUUAUAAUUGCCAUUGAUGACUUGAAGGACUGAAUUGUGAGGGAUUUAGGAUUUAUUGUUUGGGUAAUUUAAUGGAUUAAUGAAGAACUUGAGUAAAUGUGCGGGUGCAAUGGACGAGGGGAGUCAUCAAACUUGGCCAGCCAAGUGCCAACAACCUCCAAUACUAGAGGACUAAACUCAUAAUGUGUUUGUCCUCGUGUACGAUAGACUGUAAAAUUAGACGUACGAAAGCACGUUUGAGAGUGCGAAAAAUAAAACGUACAAGGGAGAAGGUUGAUGGUGAACCAGACGAAAUGACUGAUAUGUGAUAAAGUAUUAGGAAAAAUCGUUUGGAACAUUUCAUUUGAUUUUCAUUAAGUCUCCACGAUUGACUCGUCGAUGGAAAGUCAUCAUCAGCAACAGGGGAAAUGAAUAAAUGAAAAUUUGAGGAAAAUAUUUUCUAACUAGUCCAACUGCAUUUCAACUAAUGCAUCGGGAAAAUCGUGCAGACAAAUUUAAAGAGAGUAGAACAAAUUUUUAAUGGUGAUAUCCUGAGUAAUCUCUAAAUUUUUAUCGUGAAAUAAUUGAUUGAUUCUCAUAAUGGAGAUUGUAUCCACUCACUCGAGAAUUUUAUUAGUUGGAAAUAAUGAUGUAAACGGAGAAUCAAUGACGAUAUUAUCAAAAUGACUAGCAACUAGAAAAGAUACGUACGAUAAUUGUCGAUAUAAAAUAAUGAACGGAGGGAAGAUGGAAUAAUGAAUUUUUUUGUUAUAAUUACAAAUGUGUAGCGCCGUCGAGAUGCCCUUGUCACUACCAAAUCCGUUUGUGCCUAUGAGCGCUAUUUCAACACAGUCGUACAUCUCAACGAGUGAAAAUAAUCAUCUGCCACCGUUAAAAUCUGGUAAUUAUGGGGUAAAAUCUGGUGAAUCACCACCAUCACAUCUCACCCAUUCCUCCCACAGCGGCAGUACACAUCUGCCAAGUUUGGGCUCAAGUGCAAACAACAGUUUGCAAAAUUUAACGAGUAACUCAGAGAGUUUAAACCUGAGUUUGAGCUCUCACACGAGUCACAACAGCAACAAUUCGAAUCAUAAUCCUCAUUCCCAAUCAAACAGUCAGACAAACAGUCCCCUUGGCAAAAAUGGACGAACAGAGGGUAAUAAUUCGAGUCGGGUUAUCCCAAAAAUGGCGAUAACACCUGAGAUUGUUAUGAAGCUGUACAUGAAUAAAUUGACGGAGUACGAGCAGCAUGAGAUAUUUACGUAUCCACAGAUUUACUUCAUUGGAGCGAAUGCGCAGAAAAUACCGGCAAGUCUUGGAUUACCCAACAAUCACCUCUAUGAUAAUGAUCAGGGAAGUUAUAUUCAUUCAGCACACGAUCAUGUGGCAUAUAGAUACGAAGUUCUCAAAGUUAUUGGUAAAGGCUCGUUUGGACAAGUUGUUAAAGCUUACGAUCAUAAAAUUCAUGAGCACAUUGCUUUAAAAAUUGUGAGGAAUGAGAGGCGAUUCCAUAGACAAGCCCAGGAGGAAAUACGUAUACUUGCCAAUCUAAGAGAACAGGAUAAAGACAAUACAAUGAAUAUUAUUCAUAUGUUUGAUUCUUUCACCUUCAGAAAUCACAUGUGCAUUACUUUUGAGUUGUUGAGCAUUAAUCUUUAUGAGCUUAUCAAGAAAAAUAAGUUCCAGGGCUUCAGCCUCCAACUAGUUAGAAAGUUCUGUCACUCAUUGCUGCAAUGUUUGGAUGCACUGUACAAGAACAAGAUUAUUCAUUGUGACAUGAAGCCAGAAAAUGUAUUACUGAAGCAGCAAGGAAGAAGUGGCAUUAAGGUAAUUGAUUUCGGCUCAAGCUGUUAUGAAGAUCAGCGAGUUUACACUUACAUUCAGAGUAGAUUUUACCGUGCACCAGAAGUUAUAUUAGCUGCUAAGUACGGAAUGCCGAUAGAUAUGUGGAGUCUGGGUUGCAUUCUCGCUGAGCUCUAUACCGGAUUCCCCCUCCUACCAGGAGAAGACGAAGGUGAUCAACUAGCUUGCAUUAUCGAGCUGCUUGGUAUGCCCCCAAGGAAAAUGAUAGACAGCUCGAAGCGCUCGCGCCAAUUCUUCAGCUCCAAGGGCUAUCCCAGGUAUUGUAAAGCCAGUACAACCGCCAAUGGUGCAACUCUUCUCCAUGGUAGCAUCUCCAGAAGAGGUAAAUUACGUGGUCCACCUGCCUCGAAGGACCUUAAAGACGCACUUAAAGGCUGUGAGGAUCAACUCUUCCUCGAUUUCAUUCGCAAAUGUUUGCAAUGGGAUCCCGAGCAAAGAAUGACGCCAGCUAAAGCCCUCAGGCAUCCGUGGCUCAGGCGGAGGCUACCAAAGCCUCCGGAUGACAAGACUGAUGGCCAGUCUGUCCAAUCAACUGCCGUUGUACCAGCAUCCAGUAGUCGAAGCUCCAGUAAAACUAACCUAGGAUCAGCUGGUAUUACUAACAAAAUCCGUCAAAUCAGUGAUCAAAGAUCGACCAUUCAAGCUAAACAUCUUCCAGUUGCUAUGGCCCAUCCAAUCGCGUCCAAUCAAUUGUCGAUUACACAAUCAAAUCACUCGCAUCAUCACUCGCACAAUGGAUCUCAUGAGUCGUCCCACGACAGUCACAGUUCACACGGUUCGUCCGGUGGCUCCAGCAGAUUUGUCGUUGCUAAAGACAGUGUUCUACAUUUGUGGUGAUAAAUCUAUCUCAUGAUUUUGUCUUUGCUGUUUCAUGUGUACCGUGUGGUUUUCAGAGGGUUUGCCCUGAACGAUGGGGGCCAAGUGCCAUUUGGGGUUGAUGUGGAAGUCGAGAAGAGUGAGUUAUACUUGAGGAUGUCAUGUGGAAUUUAAAAGGCAUUUACACAAUUGUUGAAAGAAGCUUCAAUUUAUAUUCUUGCUGGAGAGACCAGGGGAGUAUUCUUCAGUGAUUUCACUGGAAAUAUGAUGAGGUAACUGCAGAAAUUUUCUCAUUCAAGGGAGUUUGAUUUUUUUUUUGUUUUUUUUUUUUGCACCCAUGAAAAUGCUUGGAAGCAGCUGUUUUCUAUGGGGAGAGGCAAUCGAAAAAUCAAUCGUGAUAAAUGAUUUAUUGAAACGAUAUUUCGAGACAAAUUCUUUGUAAUUAUUUUAAGGAUUAAUGCAUUUCGAGAGAAUGUCACAACAAUCAUGUAAUUAUUUCCUAAAAUUGGGAAUUCGUAGAAGUAUAUCGCCCUCAAUCGAUUCGUUCUAUGAAUAGUAGAAGAGUAGAUAUCAAUUAUCAAUAAAAUCCCCAUGACAUUCUCAAAACUACGCAGGGAUUGUACAACUCAGCGAUUAGAGUGUUUUUUGUAAAUAAUUUAUUAAUUUUAAUUUUUUCUUUUGCACUGAUGCACAUUAUGACUCUAGAUAUAUCAGUCUGUCAUUACUAGAGGUGAUUAGAUUUUCAUGAUCGAUGACAGCUGAGUGAUGAAUAACGAAUAAUGAUUUUUAAGAUGAAAUUGUUAUAAAAUAAUGCAGGUACUGAUUACGUGACUAGGGUCAUGAUAAAUAAUAUAACGAGCGCUGAAACGUGAGAAAUAAUAAUGGAAGAUGCAAAAGAAAACGAAAUGGAAAAUAGAAAUGAUAAUUAUUGAUAAAUUUGUAGAACUUAGUUGAGUCGUGAUAAGAAACACAGAAUGUUUUGUGAUAUAAAGCUUAGGCGUUUUAUUGUAGUUUAUGAUGAUUGAAGAAGAAAAGCAAAAUACAUAAAAAUCAUUAUUUUAUCGCGCUAAUGAUUCAACAAAUACAAAGAAAAAAUCAAUGUAGUUGACGAAGAGAAUUCAUUCGUAGUUGAGAUGUAGAUGAAGGAGCCAUGUUUCAGGCGGAAAGUAAGAUCAGAUUCAGUCAUAUGGGAUAAAUUCUGUUGUGAGGCUUUCAAUGCCUAUUAGAUAUCUCUCCCUUCCGCCACUUAUUUUCUUUCCGUUGAAAUUAAUUACAGAACAUUUCGAAGAUUUCAUGGUAAAAGAAAAUAGAAAUGUUCAAAUUGAAAAAAAAAACGGCGAAAAUCGACAAAAAUAAUGUCCGAAAGAUAAUCCAAUCAGACCUUGAAUUUUUUUAGUUUUCCGUUUUUCCUACCUUCUCACUUUGUGUUGAUAUUGUCAAGGGUGAAGAGAUUUAGUAAAUAUAGAUAAUCAUUAUACAAUCGAACUGAUUUUGAGACUGUAAUCGCGUCUCGAUGUACUAUAUUGCAUGAAUGUUUGUAUUAUAAUGUAUUUCUUGAACACUAGUGAAAGAGGAGGUAUAAUUGAAUAACAGGUGGAGAACUCACGUGGAUUUAAUAAGUAAUUAAGAGAUCAUUAUUUUGUCCGAGAGACCGAUAUCCUGACGCUUUUAUUCGGACUAGACUUUAUUCAGUGUAAUUAUUUGUCCAAGCUCAAGGUAUAUAUUGUUUUUACUGGUAAGCGGGAGAAUAAUUGAAAAAUAUAAGCGCAGAACGUAAUAUUUCAUGUUUGAAAAUACUCAUUCGGCAAUUUUUACUGUAAUUCAUAAAACACGGAAGAAGAACGUGAAGCAAUUGGGAAGAUAAUUUUAUACAAUUAUAUACAUUCAUAAGAAAAA